AUGCGUGGCUCCCUCGCUCUACUCGCCCUGCUGGGCUCUGCCCACGCUUGGGAAACGGCCUGGACCAAGCCGCUAUGGAAUGGCACUUGGCCAAGCGGCGAGACGUCUACUCUGUUCACCUACGUGACCACCACCAUCUGCCCCAUCACCUCGACCUGGGAGCACACGACUUACACGACGUUGACCACUUCAACUCUCACCAUCACUUCGUGCAAGGGAAAAUGCACCUACACUCCUCCAGCACCUCCCUCCUCCACUUACGUGCCUCCCCCUCCUCCGCCUUCCUCUACUUACGUUCCUCCUCCUCCUCCUCCUACGACUUACGCUCCACCACCACCUCCUGCUCCUACUACCUACGCUCCACCACCGCCUCCUCCUACCACUUACGCUCCUCCUCCGCCACACUCCUCCAAGCCGCCUCCGGUGUAUCCUAACAGCACCUACAUUACGACCACCUUUACCGAGCACACGACCACUUACACCACCAUCUGCCCCAUCACUUCUUCGACCAUCUCGACUACUACGGAAACGGCGGUCAUCACUGUUCCUUGCCACAAGUGCUCGGGCGGCAUCACCACCACCGAGACCAUCACCACUUACACGACGACCUGCCCGAUCACGACGUCGACGACUUCGUACAUUACCACCAUCAUCACGAAGCCGACCACGAAGCCGACUUACGUUCCUCCUCCCACGACUUACGCUCCCCCUCCCCCUCCCCCGGAGACGACCUACGUUCCUCCCCCUCCUCCCCCGGAGACGACCUACGUGCCUCCUCCUCCUCCCCCGGAGACCACGGAGGUUCCCCCGCCGCCGCCGGAGACGACGACGACCAAGAUCACGCCCAAGCCGUCGACCAUCUACCAGACGACGACGCUCACCAAGACGUGCCACAAGUGCGAGUCCGGCAGCACCACCAUCGUCACCACCGUCCCCGUGCCGCCGCCCUCCUACUCUCCGCCGGCGCCUCCAUCGUACUCUCCCCCGGCUCCGCCUUCGUACUCUCCCCCGGCCCCGCCGUCCUACGCUCCCCCGCCUCCUGUGCCCUCAUCUGAGGUCUCCCCGCCGCCGCCCGUGACGACCUACGCUCCUCCUCCCCCUCCUCCUCCUCCGCCGGUCGAGUCGAGCUACGUCCCGCCGCCGCCUCCGCCUGAGACCACCUACGCUCCUCCUCCUCCGCCGCCGGUCGAGUCUUCCUACGCCCCGCCCCCGCCUCCGGUCGAGUCGUCCUACGUGCCCCCUCCGCCGCCGCCGGUCCACCCCAGCUACGUCCCGCCGGCGCCGAGCGUCCCCCCCGUCGUCCCGGUCCCCUCAUCUGAGGUCUCUCCCCCGCCGCCUGUCGAGACGACUCCCACGCCGGUGCACAGCACCUACGUGCCGCCGGCCUACACGACGCCGUCUGCCAGCGCGCCGCCCGAGUUCACGGGUGCGGCUGUCGCGGCGCACGGCGGCAAGCCGGUCGUGGCUGUGCUUGCGGGUGUGGCCGCUGCUUUUGCGCUCGUCUGA